GGAGGGGUGAGGGGAUGAGAGGGCGGCGCCGGGCUCGGGCUCGGGCCUAGGCGGCGGGAGGAAGAUGCACAGCCUGGCGGCGGGCGCGCCAGUCACUGCCUUGGCUCAGGUGGACCGCGAGAAGAUCUACCAGUGGAUCAACGAGCUGUCGAGCCCGGAGACCCGUGAGAAUGCCUUGUUAGAGCUCAGUAAGAAGCGGGAGUCGGUUCCUGACCUGGCCCCUAUGCUCUGGCACUCCUUCGGAACCAUCGCUGCCCUGCUACAGGAGAUUGUAAAUAUUUACCCUUCUAUCAACCCUCCAACCCUGACAGCUCAUCAGUCCAACCGUGUAUGUAACGCACUCGCUCUGUUACAAUGUGUGGCCUCGCACCCAGAAACCAGGUCGGCGUUCCUUGCGGCUCACAUCCCACUCUUCCUCUAUCCGUUCUUGCACACUGUGAGCAAAACAAGACCCUUCGAGUACCUGCGCCUCACCAGCCUGGGUGUCAUAGGAGCCUUGGUAAAAACAGACGAACAAGAAGUCAUCAACUUCCUUUUGACCACAGAAAUUAUUCCUCUCUGCCUCCGGAUCAUGGAGUCGGGAAGUGAACUGUCUAAAACGGUUGCAACGUUCAUCCUACAGAAGAUUCUGCUGGACGACACUGGGCUGGCUUACAUCUGCCAAACGUACGAGCGCUUCUCCCACGUCGCCAUGAUCCUGGGCAAGAUGGUGCUGCAAUUGUCCAAAGAACCCUCGGCCAGGCUGUUGAAGCACGUCGUCCGAUGCUACCUCCGCCUCUCUGACAACCCACGAGCGAGAGAGGCAUUGAGGCAGUGCUUGCCCGACCAGCUGAAGGACACCACCUUUGCCCAGGUGCUGAAGGACGACACCACCACCAAGCGAUGGCUGGCCCAGCUGGUCAAGAACCUGCAGGAGGGGCAAGUGACCGACCCUCGGGGAAUCCCGCUGCCCCCCCAGUGACCGCGCUGACCCCAGGCCGACCGCCCGCUCGCUCGCCACCAUCGCCAGCCGUGGGGGGGGAGUGGUGGCGGGCGGAGCACGUCCGUCUCUCCACCAGACGUUGUGGAAGGAAGAUCGCAGCAUCAAGCUCCUGUCUUUGUUGCCCUCCCCACCCAUGGAGGACUUGGAACUGCGGGGGGGGGGGCCUGGGCUGGGCUGGGCAUGGAGCUGACCGGUGGGAUAUCCGGUCUGUACAUCGCGUGAGAAGCUGGGCCAACUUGUGAGGAGCAUUACCAGACAGUUCACUUUUCCCUCUCUUUCUCUCCUCCUGUCUCUCCUGGGAUACUCUGAUUUUUCUCUCCAUUGCCAUUUGUCCAUCACCUCCAACGUCAGCCUCCAUCUUCAUCAGUUGGCCCGUCGAUGACUCCACUCGAUCGAGGUCAACCAAUUCUUCAGUCUGAAGGAGGGUCCUCACCCAAACCUUAACCCAUCUCGGUCCUCCAGAGAGUUACUCCAGCGCUUUGUGCCUUGCACACCAGCAUCUGCAGUUCCUCGUGUCUCCAUCUAGUUGUCAUGUCUCCGGAAUUCCUCUCCGGUUCCCCAGUCGCUCCCUCUUCCGGAAGCUUCCAGUUCCACCCGGCCUCGCUCCUCCCAAAUGAGGAAAAGCUUGGAGACGCAAAGAACCUGCAGAUGCUGGAAUCCCGAGCAAAAACACAAAGUGCUGGAGGAACAUCAGCGGGCGGGUCAGGCAGCAUCUGUGGAGGCAAUGGACAGGUGAUGUUUCAGGUCGAGACCCUCCUUUAGUCUGAAGAAGAGUUCAGGCAUGAAACGUAGACACAAGGAACUGCAGGUGCUGGAGUCUUGAGCAAAACACGAAGUGCUGGAGUAACUCGGCGGGUCGGGCAGCAUCUCUGGACAAUAUGAAAAGGUGAAGUUUCUGGUCGGGACCCUUCUACAGACAGGUCCCGACCUGAAACGUCACCUAUCCAUGAUCUCCAGAGAUGCUGCCUGACCCGCUGAGGUACUCCAGCACUCUGUAUCUUUUUUCCUUUUGUAAGCCGGCAGCUGCAGUUCCCGUAUCCACGUGCCACCCAAGUGUCUGGGCUCUCACUCGAGUUGGAAAUAGCUGAACUUUCCAGGUGAGUGGGCACCUGAGCCCACUGCCCUUCACUACAUUCUGCAGUCGAGUUGCCUCUCCCGGAGAUUGGGGGGGGGGGGUUUGGGUGGGACCUGCUCUCUCCUAUGUGGCAUACACUGUGAUCAUCACCCCCCCCCCCCCCCACAAGCCAUGGUCUGGCCCCCUCACUGCCCACCGCGUGGACCUGUCACCCCUCCACACUCCAUCCUGCCUUAACGUACCCCAGACAGAUGCAAAAAGCUGGAGUGACUCAGCGGGACAGGCAGCAUCUCUGGAGAGAAGGAAUGGGUGACGUUUUGGGUUGAGACCCUUCAGUAUUUUGUGUCUACCUUCGAUUUAAACCAGCAUCAGCAGUUCUUUCCCACACACUUAACCCACCCCCAAGCCUGGGUUCACCAGACCUUGUGGCCCUGAGCUCCUGCUGUACCUCAGGACACCUCGCGGUGGGACUCCCUUCACCUCCCCAUAUCCCAGUGAGUGGCUCGAGAGUGGAGACUGCAAGACAAGUGUGUCCCGACAUUUUCUGGGGCGUUCCAAUCUGAAUAUAAUAAAUAUUUUUAAAAUAUAGUGUA